GCGUAAAUGUGUUGCAUUACUGCCUUGAAAGAAGGGACCUCUGCUUUAUCACGGAAACUACGUACACGGAAACUGUGCCUACAGUCUGUCAUGUGACGUUCCCACACAAGUACUGUGCGGCUAAUCCAGAUAAUCAAAGUGGCGGGCGGAACAGCUCAACGUGCCGUUCAUUUGAACAUGGCGGAUGACUUGAAGAGAUACUUGUAUAAACAAUUGCCCAGUGUUGAGGGUCUCCAUGCCAUUGUAGUCACAGACAGAGAUGGCGUUCCAGUCAUCAAAGUUGCCAAUGACAACGCUCCAGAAUAUGCACUCCGGCCGGGCUUCUUGUCCACGUUUGCACUCGCCACUGACCAGGGGAGCAAACUGGGCCUCUCGAAAAACAAAAGCAUCAUAUGCUACUACAACACAUACCAGAUUGUGCAGUUUAACCGGUUACCCCUGGUCAUCAGUUUCAUCGCAAGCAGUAGUGCAAACACAGGUUUAAUCAUCGGUCUGGAAAAGGAGCUUGGCCCACUGAUUGAAGAGCUAAGGCAAGUGGUGGAGGUUGCAUAAGACCCGACCACCCACUAAUGGAGCAAAAGGCCCAAAGCAUUUGCACACCUGCAUGGGUUUAUGGACAGUGCACAACUGCAACCGUGGAGGACGUCAUAGACCUGUGUGUCUCGUACACACACACACACACACACACACACACACACACACACACACACACACACUAUGUUGGCUGUGGCUCUAGUUUAUGUAUCUGUAAGUCUUUGAUGCUGUAUGUUGUUGAAUGUAACCUGCUCUGCUUGUGUUAUACUUUCUUCUAAUAAUAAAAUAUCAUCUUUGGCGUAUA